CCCGCGUGGACGGAAAACCAACAGGGACUAUGCAGCUGGGAUUGGUGGCGCUGGUGAUGGUUUUCCUCAGUUCCUUGGGUGACAGCGAUGUUGGCAAACCUUCCAAGAUCAGAAGGCCGAGACGGGCGUCAGUGGGUAAUGAGGGCCUGCCGUCUUGCCCAAAAGGCUGCGAGCGCUGCUCCGAGUACAACGGCUGCAUCAAGUGCAAGGCCAAGCUGUUCAUUUACUUGGAGCGCAACGACAUCCAGCAAGUGGGCGUGUGCCUGGCCUCCUGCCCCAUGGGAUACUUUGGCAUGAGGAACCCGGAAGGCAACAACAGAUGCACCCAAUGUAAAAUCGACAACUGCGACUCAUGUUUCAACCACAACUUUUGCACUAAAUGCAAGGAGGGUUUGUAUUCGCACAGCGGACGGUGUUAUGUCACCUGCCCUCCUGGCCUGCUCACCGCUAACGACACCAUGGAGUGUGUGGAGUGCCAACUGUCCGAGUGGAGCCAGUGGAGUUCCUGCGUGAAGCGGAACAAGACGUGCGGCUUCAAAAAGGGCUCACAGACGCGGGUUCGCCUCCCCCUGCGGCACCCCCGCAAGCGGGACCCCCCCUCGGGCGCCCCGCAGACCUCUCAGCUGUGCGCGCCGCAGACCGAGAGGCGGAAGUGCGUCAUGGCCAAGACGCCCUGCGUGAGCGAGAAGACCCGGGGGGGCCGGCCCGAGAGCGCGGCAAGAGUCAAAGACGGCAGCGGGGGAGGCAGCGGGGGAGGCGGCGGCGGCGGGAGGAGGCGAAAAGCCCAAAGCAGGACCACCGUCGUUCCCAACGUCACGAGCAGCUCCGUCACUUAAACUCGGAAGGAUUCCGACGAGAAAAACCUUCCGAGAUGAUGCUGACGUCAAGCCGACGUCUCGAUGAGAAAACAAUACGUAGGGCCGCUUCUAGAUGCUGACUCUGCAGGUUUUCCCCAGUCACCAAAGAAGCCCGAUCACGUGAAAUCCGAUCCUCGUUGGCUCUGGAUUGAUGACAAGAUCCAGAAUGCGUCUUUUUUACGUGACUGGGAGCAAAUGGAAAGCAAAUAUGCAGUGCGAGCCACUGAAUAUGAACAUUUAUUAUGCUGCUUUGUUUGCAACAGGGUUCCGAUGUUUUUGCACAGUUGUGACUUUUUUUUUUUUUUAUGACAGCAUUUAUUCGUGACAAUAUCCUUAUACAUCUGUUGCUUGAUGUGACCGUACGUAAAAAUAAUGGAAAGUCUUCUGUAAAGUCUGUAAAUUUCUAGCUAUCAUAGUUCCAAUUGAAAGUCCAAAUAAAAAGAGAAAGCUUGUUUAACUUUA